GACCCCUGGCUUCCUUCCUUCCCUCGCUUCCCCAUAGCUCUUUAGCAGCCUGGGCCAGUUGUGAGCCCACCUUGGGCGAAAGAGAAUGUGGGUCGGCCUCUGCCUUGCCCUGGCCGUCCUGCAGGGGGGGCUGGUGGCCAGCGGGGGGCCUGGGUCAGAGUCCAGCACGGCCAACUGGUCAACAGGACUGGACCUCUCUGGUCUCAGCCCCACAACCUGGACUGUGCCCCCUGCCAUGAGGGAAACAACUGCCAAUGGGAUGCAUGGUGCCAACGGAGAGCCAGCAGAGGCCCCCCUGACCUGCAAUGGGGAGGACGAAUGCCCCCCAUGGAGCCACUGCGAAGACCAGGCUGGGCGCAACUCCUGCCACUGUGGCCUGGGCUACCACCUCCUCCCUGCCCUGGGCUGUGUGCCAGCCAGGGCCUUCCCUGCCCGGCUGCUAAUGCUCCUGCAACCGCCAUCCCCUCCGGAAGCCCUGGGCUGGUGGACCUCAGAGCGGCCAGAGGAGUUGCAGGGGUCCCGGGUGGCCGCCCAACUCCAGAGCUUGUUCCAGCAGAUUUUGGGGCACCUGGACGGGUACCUGGGAACAUCUAUCCAAGAGCUGAAGUGGCCCAGCCUGGAAGCGACUCUGAUGCACCAUUUCUCAGCCUGGGUGCUGGUCACGAUCCAAGAGGUGGAAGUGGCUGUUGCCGCCUUCAGGACGCGGUGCCACGACAACAGCAGCCCCCUCAGCCGUACCCCGGCUUGUGCUCUCCUGCGCCAUGUGGGCACCUACCAGAGCCUGGGCCUCUGUGACUUUGACCCCUGCGACUCCACCUCGGCCACCUGCUCCUCCCAGGAUGGCCUCCUCCGCUGCACCUGCCGGCCCGGCUACCUCCAGGUCCACCCCAUGGAUCACACCUGUGCAGUUUGCAGCAGUGGCUUUUGGCUUCAAGAUGGCACCUGUUCCAGGUGCCCAUUUGGGUUCAGUGGUCCUGGCUGCCAGGAGCCCUUCCUGCUGGCUUUGGUUGCAGUCUCCUGCGUUGCUGGCCUGGUGAUCCUCCUCCUCUUCCUCCUCCUGGUUGUCUUUCGUUUGGGAAGAGCUCAGCCCUCCCAAGAGCCCCACAGCCCCCCACAGCUUCCUCUGCACUCUCCGACCCUGAGUCUGCCGCGGGUGCGACCCCCUUGGACCACUAUGGAGGCCCCGGUGCCCCACGCAGGCAGCCGCCCGGCCCCCUUGCCCCAAUGGUGGGAGUUGGACGGGGGCCCACGCUUGGCAGCGGACACCCCCAGCAUGAAGACCUUCCUGGGGUCCCCCAGAAGGUCCCCCUCUGCCGCAGCCCCACAGCCCCUGGGGGGGACCAGCAACUUCGUUUUUGUGGGCGAUGGAGAGGAGGGGGGCAAGAGAAGCUUCUUCUGAAGAACUGGGUGUGGGUCUUCUUUGGCCUUGGACUAUUGACUUUGGGCUGAGCUGCCCUCCACCAGAAAAAGAGACGUAAAGCCAAGGUCAGCCCCCCAUUUUCCUCCCCUUGGCGCUUGGGGCCAGACUCUGUACAGCUCUGCAGGCAAUGUGGGGCUGGAGGGUGGGUCUUCUGGGGAGGGUGAAGUGGAGGGCAGGAUAGGCUGUUUUUGGUUGACUUGAACAGGACCCUCACCUCCAAAAGGCUGCUUCCCCCCCAUUAUUGGUAUCUGUAGCUAAAGUGGGGAGGGGGUAUCCGGGAGUCUUUAUUCCAACCCACCCACCCCCCCAAAUUGCAUCUCCUCCUCUUGGCAGAGGUUGCCCAAGGGGCCUUGGCUCCUUCUUCUUCUCCCCAUUAGAAAUCUAUUCUAAGCAAAAGCCCCUGCAACAUCUCCCCCUUUGUUGGGACCCUCCCCCUUUUGGGUCCAUUCCUCAUCAGCCAUGAAUAUAAAUAUAAACCCCCCCUCACUGCUGACCCCCCCCCAGAAAAUCUUUGCUGAAACUCUCCCAUUUAUUCUGCAAAGUUGCAGUAAAACGGGGGUCUGGAAGAGAGGGUCUGGAUUUGCAAUGUGUGGGAGAUGUUCCAUUCUCUUUGCACCCGGGGUAAACAGCAGCUCUUCACCUGCAGCUGUUAUCAAAAGGGGUUUUAUGGCAAGGUGGAGGACAAGGCUUGGCCCUGCCUCAGCCCUCCUCCUCCUCCUCCUCUUCCCAAGUCCAAGGUCCCGCAGGGCGGGUGGCCGGCUGGGCAGCUUCCUGGGCCAAGGAGCCAUUGACUGAGGAAGCAGCAGAGCCGAGACCACCAUGUUUUUUAAAUAGCAAGUCACAGGUCUUUUAAAGUUUGCUUUUGGAAAGCCAGAAAUAAACAUAUAAAUGUGGCCAAAGG